AUGGGAAUCGCGGGGCUCCUGCCACAGCUGCGCAGCAUCACCAAAAAGGCCCACGUCUCCAAGUACCGCGGACAAACAGUGGCGGUCGAUGCCUACUGCCUGCUGCACCGUGGAGCAUACACCUGCUCUCGCGAGCUGGUGGAAGGCGAGCCUACCUCCCGCCACGUGGCCUACUGCAUGGCCCGCAUUGAGCUGCUGUUGGGGGCGGGCGUGACGCCGCUGGUGGUCUUCGACGGUGGCCGCCUGCCCAACAAGGCGGACGAGGAGCGGAGCCGUGAACGCAACCGUGAGGAGAACAAGUCACGUGCACGUCAGCUGUGGCAGCAGGGCAACAAGGCGGCGGCUAUGGAAUGCUACCAGAAGGCCGUGGACAUCUCACCCUCCCAUGCAAAGCAGUUUGUGGAGGCGCUGAAGCGGCGCAGUAUCAAAUACGUGGUGGCACCGUAUGAAGCAGACGCGCAGAUGGCCUACCUUGCAGUCAAUGGUUAUGUUGAUGUGGUGCUGACUGAAGAUUCGGACCUGCUAUGUUAUGGCUGUCCCACGGUCUUCUUCAAGAUGGACAAGAAUGGGGAGGGGGAGGAGGUGCAGCUGGAGGACCUUCCGCAAUGCAAGGACCUGGCUUUCCAAGGCUUUGGGCACGACCUGUUUCAGGAGAUGUGUGUGCUUGCUGGCUGCGAUUUUGUGAGCUCCCUGCCAGGCAUCGGCAUCAAGAAGGCGCACCAGCAUCUGCGUCGGACCCGCUGCUUCCUCAAGGUGGUACGCUCGCUGCGCUUUGAUGGAACCAAGAUCCCUGAGGGUUACGAGCAACGUGUGCAGCGUGCACUGUGGACCUUCAAGCAUCAGCGGGUGUACUGUCCCCGGCGCCACGCAGUCGUGCCCCUGCAUGAGAUUGCGGAUGGCGACUUGGCGGCAGGGGCACGGGUGCCAUCAGCAAUGCAGGUACAUUUUGGUUUGCCCGUAUUCUGCCCUGGUGGUGCCGCUCGACCUUGCUUUUGCGCAGGCGCUGCCGUGCUGUUGCACCAGUAG